AUGGCUACUGUGUCUAACAGAAUUGUGCUGCAGAUGUACCGCAUCUCAAUUUUCACCUCUGUUUCAGCAUCCGCUGAAGCCGGUAUAAUAGAAACACUCUCAUUGCGUGGAGCCAACGCAAAGUUGGACCUUCUCACUGAGCACUGGAACAAGUUCACUGAAGACCACGAAAAAUUACUUUCGUCGAAGACCGACGUGACGGUCGAACAUAAAUAUUUCACCGACGGUUCGUUCGAAAAGGCCCUCAAAAUGUUCCAAGGAGCUCAAGAUACUCUCCUUGAGCGCGUACAUAAGUUGGAGGCAGCACUGCCCUCACACGGCAAUGUCUUAGCCAACUCAAGUCUCAUCGUGCCAGCUGGAAGUAGGCUUAAUGUCCUUACUAUCCCUGUGCCAAAAUUCUCAGGCAAGUAUCAAGACUGGAAACAUUUCCACGACUUGUUUGUAUCUAUCAUCGGCGAAAAUACAUCUCUCACUUCUGUGGAGAAGAUGUAUCACCUCAAAUCGGCAUUAGAGGGUGAUGCCGCUCGUCUCAUCGCCAACAUCAGAGUCACUGGAGACUCAUUUGCUUCAGCAUGGGACGCUGUUGUACAGCAGUAUGACAACAAGCGUCUUCUCAUCUCGGCGCAGCUGGACAAGCUGUUCAGUAUCCGACCUGCUGACAGCAACUCUGCAAAGCAGUUAAAGGCAAUCAUCAACACUGCCAACGAGGCAGUGCAAGCUCUCAAAGCUCUGGGAUAG